CCGAGUAUCCAUUCCUUUCUGACUUCAGCUCCGCACGAUUCCAACACAGAUCCUUACCUUGAUCCCAACGUUCUUCACACUGAUCCAUUCACCGCCUCGGUCCUCCAUCACGUUUCAAACUUGAAGACGGGUUUUCGUCAAUCUGUCCUAACUUUGUCCCAGGAAGACAUUUCCAGAAAUGGCGAUUUCGUAUUCCCGGGCAGCUCAAAGGGCAAUGAGUGGGAAGGAGAAGCGGGAUUUCGCGAAAGGACAAGGGGGAGCGUCAAUGAGCCAUUCAGGGCAGAUGCCAUCGCAGUCAGGCACGAGUUCGAAGAUGGGAGUUGCCAAACCACGAACUUUGGGGCAAAAGGCAAUGGAAUUCCUGUUGGAGAAAACUCAGAUUAAGGCGGAGGUCAAAGUAACAAGGGAAGUAAUCAAGGGGGAGGGAGGGAAGGAGGAGGAAGUGGAUGUUUGGGAAUACCCAGAGGAGGACAUCCAGUCCCUGAACGAUUUGUAUGAGAAACAUGCGGUGUUGUUCAACUUUUCGGGACGAAGUAGGGAGCUCUCUUUGAACGAAAAGAGAAGAUGGGUGAUGGAUAGGCUAAUAGCCAUGGAAGACGUCCCAGGGAAGGAACCAGAGGUAUCAUACCACAGGAGGGGAAGGUUUGCAGUCAUGAUCGUCUGCGUGGAUCCAACUUACGCGCAGUACCUGACAUCGAUCGGAUUGCUGAAAUGCAAGGGGUCGGUGGUUACAAUCCAACCUUGGAAACCGCCAAGGCCACCGCAGGCGGAGGCUUCAAGACACAGGCAAUCCAUGCUGAGAAACCACUUCUGGGUUCAGUUUGAUAAUCUGUCGGAGGGGAUGCACAGCUUCGUUCAAAGCAGGCUGGAAGCAGAGUAUCCUAACAACCCAAUCAUCGAAUGGCUCCCGGCCAACCCAGACUUCCUGACACCGAAUCACGACGCAAGAGUGGCAUGCUUGGAAGUAACGUCAGGGGCGCCGCCAAGAUUCCCGGAUCAGUGGAUUUUUAGGAAAAGUGGACAGAGAGUCACAGUGUUCAUCUCAUCCAAGACCAAUCCCUUCUGCUUCAAAUGCAGCGGCAGAGGUCAUCUGGGUUCUUCAUGCCCACAGGGGGGCUUAGGGGAAGCAGGGGGAAAAAGGAUGGCAUUGAAGCAAUCGAUCAUGCAAGAGUGUGAGAAUAAACCGGGAGUAUGGUACAUAAACGCAGCACAGUAUAGGGGUUGGAUCUUUGAUGACAACCUGGAAAACCCAAAGUGGGUGUGGGUGAUGAAAGAGGAGCCAACAGUUAAGCCAGACAUCUAUCCUCCUUAUGACAGCAGGUGGAGGCACACAGGGGCCAAACGCAUGGAGGACAAGGAAACGGGAUUCCUUAUUAAACCCAUGUUGGAGGAAGAAGUAAUGCAGGAUGUGGAGCAGAAGCUCAUGAGGGAACUACAUGAGGUUGGGAAGAAUGCAGAAUUGGCAUUCUUGGAAAAUGCAAAAGCCAGAGCACAGCAGCAGGGGCAGGAAAGAGGCAAGGAGGAGAGGUCAAGAGAAAUGGAGGAGGGUAAGGGAGACAAUAUGGACUGUGAGCAAGGAGGGAAGGGUAGAACAGAGGGAGGAAGUACAUCCACAAAGAGGAAGGGAGAGGCAAGAGGAGAGGAUGGGUCUAAUACUCAAGAAAGAGACACAGUAGGGGAAAAGGAGACAAAAGACCCAAUCCGGAAAGAGGGCACUACAAAGGAGGAAGAAGGAGAGGGAAGAACCAGUAAGGAAUCAUCAGGGAGCUCGAGGAAGGAGAGUGAAGCAGAUUCAAGCUCACAUGGCGCGGCCUCAAAGGGAAGCAGGGCAGGAGAAGAAGGGACAGGCAUGGCAGGAGAGAGAGAGGAGGACUUGACAGACAAUGAUCACCAAGAAGGAUCCUCGCAGUAUGAAGAGGACAAAAGCGGAUCCCAGGGCGCCCAGGGUCAUGAAACAUUGGAGGACGAAGAAAGGGUAAGAGAAAGGGCGAGGAGGGGCAUGCAAAAUGUAGAAAACAUGACAGUGGAACAGAUUUUGCAGGCAGAGGAGGACCAGAGGGAGAGUUCAGCAGACACAGAGAGCGAAGCCUCAUCAGAGGAGGACGAGGAAGAGGAGGAGGAAGAUCAGGAAGACUCAGAUGUGGAAGAUUGGACAAGGGAACGGUGGAUAAAAGAAGUAGAGCAGCUGGAAUGGGGGAGGACGAUCGAGUGUGAAAUCAGACUGGCCCACCAUAAACACUUGAGGAACCUCCAGCAAGCCACACAAGCAGGAGAGGACAUCACAUCAGAAAACAGGUUUGAACUGCUAAGGAGGGAAGGAGAAAUUAACGAGUUCUACGCAUCUCAGUACGCAAGAAAGAGCUGCACAGUAAGGAAUGAGAUCCACAUACACCAGGAGGAAUAUGGGAGGUUAUUUCAAUGGCCAAAGUCCUACAUAGCAAGGAAAGGAAGAGGGACGGUGGUGGAGACCAUCCCCUAUGGGCUGCUGGGGGGAGAAUUAGGUGCGGAAUGGGUGGCGAGGUGCACAGCGGUCGCAGUGAAGAUGGAGGCGUUCGUUUGGAAGCCAGACUUCCUCGAGAAGAGGGAAACACAUCUUCAAGAAUCGAAAGAGCACCAGAAAACGAAGCUCAAGAUUGAGAAGAAGCUGCAAGGAGUUAAGGCAGCAUGGUGGGCUCCGGCGGCAAAUAACCAUUCCACGGGGGUAGUCAUUAUACAAAACCAAAGGGCUACGACAUCAGAUAGGAUUCGCAUCACAGAAGCAAGGGUGGACGAGGAGGAGGGUAGAUGGGUUAAGGUCAACUUUGAGCUGCAUGAGGAACCCUACACUCUAGAUGCAGCGAUGAUGACCGGGCAUUGGGUCAAGUUUCAGUCUAGAUGCAGCGAUGAUGACCGGGCAUUCUAUUCGGGUGAAAAGAGUAGCAACGGCGCAAUUGCGGAUAAACAGGAGGAGACGUCUUGGAACAUAGUCUCAAGACCGCUUGCAAUUCCACAAUCAAAAAGAAAAAGGAAAAGAGAAAAAGAGUCAACCAUGACCGGAGCUGAAGCACAAGGGCCGCUGGCGGCAUCCGCCAUGCCGCUUGGGGAUCUUCUAGUCAGCGGGGCUUUGCGGCUUGCAAAUAGAUUCAUUGGCGAUGAUGGAUGCUCUGCGCUGCUCAAGAGACUAAAGCACACCGACCGUGUCACCGAGCUGGAUUUGAGCGGUUGCAAUAUUGUCAGAGGAGAGGACCUGGGCAACAUUCUGAGAACAUUGCCCAGCUUAAGAAAGUGGGUUGGGGUACGGGGUGGGGAGGGUCGGGGAGGAGGGACAGGGCGAGGGGGGUGGGGNGUCAUUCCUCUUAGGCUGGCUGGCCGUCACUCAGGUGGGUUGGGGUACGGGGUGGGGAGGGUCGGGGAGGAGGGACAGGGCGAGGGGGGUGGGGGAGGCGGGGGAGGAGGAGCCGAUGGGAGAGGAGGGGACCAUGCCGGCCCUAGAGGGAAAGACAAGUCGGCCGGGUCGCUGGGUGCCUCCGAAGUCGAAGUGAUAACGCUAGAGGAGGAGGAAGAAGAGGAAACCUCGGACGAAGCAGGGAGCUACAACGAAUAUAGCGAGGAAGAGUCGGGAGGUGAAGAAGAAGAAGAGGACCAGGAGGAAGAAGAGGAGGAAUCUGAGUCGGAGGCUUUCAGCGAAGAGGUGGAUCGCGCAGAGACGCAAGAAGAGGAUCCCGAGGCGGCGUGCAGGAGAGAAGAGAGAGCAACCGGGAAGCAGCCGCUAGAGUUCGCAAGCGGAGUGGAUCUGUCGAUCCCGAACGACCCAGCCAAGGACCCCGAGCCACCCAAGAACGACGAUGGGGACCUUGUUGCCGAGACUUCGAGCGCACCGGCCAGACGGCGACCUUCCACCUCCGGCCAUCCACCAGUUCGAGCUCGUACAGAUGCGGGGCAUCGGGCUUCAUCCCCGGUCCUUAUCCUGUCGAAGCCGGAUUUGGCAAAAACCGACAAGAUAUCACAAUGGUCGACACCGUUGCCCACGACAACGGAGGGAUAUCUGGUCCACCGCGACCUUGCAUUCACGCCUGUAUCAACGGAUGGGUACAAGUAUAUCCUGGAUGCGCGAGACAACCUGAGUGGGUUCGUGGAGACAGUCGCCCUCAAGAAAAAGAUAGGGAGGAGUGUGGCGGGAUGGAUAGAAGACUUCUACUUAAGGCAUUCGUUCGUCAGGAGGUUUAUAGCAGACAAUGAGACGGAAUUUGUGAACGAAGAAGUAUUGGGGAUGCUUAAGAGACUCUGCGUUCCGAUGAAACUCAUCGAGCCGUAUCACUCUGAGGCCAAUGCACCUGUGGAAAGAGGGCACCGAACCUUGAAGAACACGAUUGCAAAGCUCGCAGCAUACCAUCUGGGGAACUGGCCUAGGUAUCUUAAGCAGGCCGUCUUUGCAGAAAAUAUGACUCCUAAAAGAACAACAGGAUGUAUCCCGGCAGAACUUUGGUACGGAAGAGAGAUCGACUUUCCUGUGGAAGCCUUGGUACCUACCUGUAAUAGAUUAGAUGAUGAUCCGCAAAUGACCACUGAAGAGUUAAUCGAGGCAAGAUGUCAACAAAUCCUUAAGAAUGAGGAGGUCGUGGAAGACAUCGCCAGCCGGGUGCUGGACAACAGAAUGAGGGACAAAGCAAGGUGGAACCAGGUUAAGAAUGUCAGAAAGGAGCCACUUCAGGUGGGGGAGAUGGUAUUGUUAAGGAACUCGGCACGAGAAAAUACUUGGUCGGGACAAUUGGGAAGGAGGUUCAAAGGCCCCUACCGGGUCGCCAAGCGGGUGGAACUGAACACCUUCGAACUUGAAGAUUUGGAUGGGACUGGAUUGAAAGGGUCCGUCCCGGGGCAACGACUGGUCAGGUUUCUAAGUUGGGACUCAGUGGAACAAUGGCUUCAGGAGGCCGAAGAUAAGGAAACAGAGGAGCCACAAGCAAAAGACUAACCACAACCUUGCCCAUACUAUGGUUUGUCUCUGACCAUGUUCGUGGGACUAUCAUUUUUUGGGACUGGUGCUUUGGCUUGGACUGACUGAGGUUGAAAAGUAGCAUGACUUGGGGGUUUCCAAUAUCUGGCUUGUGUGACAACGAGAAGAUGUUUGGGGCAUUGUACCAUAGUUUUUGACGAAAAAAAUAUGGGGUCAUCAAAAACGACGCAUUCGCAUAUAUAAAAAGGGCGUGAUGCAAGGGAUACUGGGUGCAUUGUGGGAAUGCCUACCGGCCUAAGGGGGGGGGAGGCGCGAGUCUGUGAGGGACAUUGCGGGUGUUGUUUUGUUAUACAUGAUUAGGAGUAAAACGAGAAAAAACAAAAAUGAAAUUCGGCAACGAGA